UUGUUCUGCUUUCUGUCUGCUAAAAGAAUGGUUUCUCUGGCAGCUUUCAGAAAGUGCCUGCUUCUUCCCUGACCUACCUUCAUACAACUCCAUUGACUUACAAUUCAAGUUGACAUAAGGCAGGGAAGAGUCAGAUGUGUCUACGAAAUAACUGCUUGAAAACUGAAAGAAUAAUGGCCAACGUAAUUAGUAAUUAUACAUAUGAAAAGAUAAACCAGUUCAAUCCUGAACCAUAGAUCAAAUUUGGCAUAGACCAAAGUUGACACUGAUACAAGUAUAGGAGUACGUCUAGAAAUAGCUAAGCAACAUGCAGUGCAGAUUCACUGUGCUCACAGUCCUCAUACUAAACCCAAACGCCCCUCUGUUCUUACUGACAGGAUGUCCUCAGGGCUCAGUUACCAACACACAGUGAGUGCUGAGCCCUCCCUGCUCUGCCACCUUCCAGCACACGCCUUCUGUUUCACUAAUCUGCUUCUCAUGCAAUGCCAUGACUCAGUGAUGGAGAUUGCUGGCGACAAACAAAGCCAGCCACAUGGUGCUCCAAUGGCGCUCCCAGCUGCAGUCUCUGAUGGUCUACAAGUUGGGGCUGCAGAAACAGAUGUGAAGAAGCAGCAGCAUGGAGCUCAAGAGAGGAAAGACCUUCAUAAAAUCCAGUGCACAACACGAGAGAGUGCCACCAGCACACACCGCUCCUGCAAACAGAGAUGAGAUGGGCAAGGACAAAAGAGCGGCUCUGGAGGGAAACCAAAGCGUAGCCCAAGUCCAGCUGGCGUGUUUGGCCACGCACAAGAACUACAGGUUUUCCAGCAGAGCAGCAAGGAGCGAGGCUGGUGAGAACAGCCUGGAAAAGCCUUCUGGGACCUCCUACAAACUCGUGAGGAAGAGUAAAACCCAUGACUGCGUUAGUGAGGCUGACAAAAGCGAGCCGUGCGGCCCCAGCAGCAGGGCUUGUGAGGAGGGGUUUGCUGCAAAGGGCAAGGGGAGACUUGUCAAUAGUGUCAGCUUUUCGGGGAUGUCCAGUUCCACCAGUAAGAAAGAGUGUGUGGUCAACCCCAGCCCACCUGCCUGCAGCAGCCAGAUAAUUGAUUACAGGAACUUUGUGCCACAGAUGCCUUUUGUCCCGGCUGUCGCAAAGACUAUUCCCAGGAAGAGGAUAUCCCUCAAGAGAUCGAAGAAAGGGCUCAGAGAUAUAUUUCAUAUAAAAAAAAGUAAACCAGAGAGCCUCACGUUCCUGGUUGAGAAGGACAAGAAUCUGUCCGCUUCGGGCUGCAAGGGUGAGGUGCCUGGGCGUCUCACAAAGUCCCUUUUCAAUACUGGAGAAACAUUUGCCGCUGACUGCUUGUCCCAAGACUGCUCUGACAACGAGCUGCAGUCCGACUCUUCCUACGACUGCUGCAAUGCUCUGUGUGAAGAUGUUGCAUCGCUGAAGAGCUUUGACUCCCUCACUGGCUGCGGGGAAAUCUUUGCUGAUGAGAGCUCUGCUCACCUGGAGCUGGAGAGCAGCAAAGAAGUCCUGGUGAGACGGAGCAAGCACAAGGAGAGCCCCGUCAUGGGCUCCUUCCAGGGAGGUGUGGAGCAGCUGGCCUCCCCGGGCCAGAAUGAGGCCGUUGAAUUUGCAAAAUUUUGGGACAACAUUAACAAAUCAGUGAGGCUGCAUCAGAGCACGCUGUUUGAUAAGAAGGUACUGAAGGUUCCCGGUUCUGACAGGGGAAAAGCUGGAGGCCAGGCUGCUGCACCUGCCACAAGCCCCCAGACACCGCCUGAUAAAGAUGGGGACAAUUCCAAAGAGAGCUCCGUGGAAACUGGAACACCAAAAAGUGACAACCAGGAAUCCAUAUCCACAAGCGAUGAAGGCUACUAUGAUUCAUUCUCUCCUGGACAAGAUGACGAAGUGAAGGAAGCUCAGACCCCUGGGGUCCCAGGCAGAUUUCCAAGAGACAGCUACAGUGGAGAUGCCCUUUAUGAGCUCUUCUAUGACCCAAACGAAGUCAAAAUAAACCCGGUCAUGGAUGAUGACCUGUGUACAUCUGAAAGCGUUUCAGAACAAGCCAUUGAAAUCCCCUUGUCCAUCUACAGCUUUCACGUUGGAGCUGAAGAAAACAUGGCUUCCCAGCCAGGUAUAGACAUUAUCAGCCAAGGAUUUUUCCACAGCACGUGGAAAGGCAAAGAAUGCUUGCUAAAGCUCUGUGAUACUGAGCUUUCAUUAACCAUGGGGAUAAUAAACUGGCUGCGAAAACACGCGGGGAUUGUUUCCUCCCCAGACUCUCUGCAGAGUCCCAGAUCACAGCCAGAAAAGUAUAAUGACUCACUGAUCACUCGCAGUCCCAGUCCAGAGCAGAAAGUUAGCACAGAGGCUCAGCAGGAGAAAAAGAGCGAGGAAGAAUCUAAUUCAUCUCACUUAGGGGUGUUUUUGGAUGAAGGCAAGGCUGCAACCCAGACCUCUUCAGAAAAUGUUGCUGAAAGAGACUCUUGCACCCAAACAGGUAAUGUGGCCCCCCAAGGAAGGGCAGGGAGUCACCACCAGGACUCACCUACAGCGCCUGGCGCUGCGGAAACCACCGGAGCAUCGAACUGUGUACCUCAGUUACAGGCUAAUGGGGAUGACACACAGCCAUCUUCAGCUGAGGAUAAGGCGACAAUGACAGAUAGACACCAGACAUCAGGAGGUGAAGACCCGCUGACAGAAAGUUUGAGCAGACACAGUGGCUCACAGAGCUCUGAAAACCCUUUGCUAAAUGACAAUCACGACGCAGAGUCCUGUUAUUCCUACAAGACUGCUGCCACCUCACCCCCGGAUCCUCUGGAGAGGGAGGACAGAAGUGAAGCGGUGUACCACCCCCUGUCCAUCUGCGAUGAGCUGCUGCAGCCUCUUGGGCUCGGACACUUCCAGGGCUACAUCAGCCCCACGCCGCGGGAGAGCAGCGCUGGUAUAGUGCAGCUCUUGGAGCACUGCAUGUCACGAGUGGCAUCGUUAAAAAUCAGCUAUGACAACAAGCACCUGGAAGACAACUGUAUUGGCAAUGACAUGAACGGUAUUAUCUGUAAGAUGUCUCAGUACAAAAACAAGCUGCUGUUGCAAAAUGAAUGCAACUGCACUGACCAAAAGCCAGAAUAUUGCAGUAUUCCCUGCACAAAUCAAUACAAUUAUGAAACGGGCUUCCAAGCCAGCAGUCUGUACCAUUUGAAGCAAAAUGGGGAAGAAAUUUGCUCUGAAGAUCAGAAAAGCAGAGCAAAAAUCCUAGAUGAAGUCACUAGGGGCAAGAUCAAUUUUGAAUAUGCCCAGCUAAAUAACAAAGCACUCUCCUAUUUAAAAGACUUCACGUUUGAGCUCAGUGCGGGCGAUCCAGCUCCUGCAGCUCUCAGCAGACCCACAUUCCUACCUCUCCCCAGCACUCCCACUGCCUCACCAGCUGCUCACAGCCUGCCCAUCGCCCCGCAGCCCUGGGGGGCUGAGCAGCACAGCCCGGGACUCUGGGGCUGCAUGGCAGGAGGGGCUGCCCUGUGCCCCCGCCCAGAGGCAGCAGCCCCAGACAGCGCUGUGACAGGGAGCAGCCACCCAUAGCACACCGUGCUGAGAAGGUGAUUGCUGAAGAACCCACUUGUAGAUAUGGAUGCAGCCCACCUCUACGUAUUAUACUGCAUGACAAAAUAACAAGGACGUUGCAUCAAUGUCGAACUCAACGGGACUUUUCUCUAGAAAUCCCACCAGUGGUGUCACAGCAGUUGGUGAUGCCAGCCUGUCUAAGCAGUUAUUGCUUCCUGACAACUUCAUGCCCUUGAAACCAUGUUUGCAGAUGGAUGGUAAAUAAUACUCUUCUGAAAACAACAAAAAAGUAGGAUUUUGGAGUUAGUUGUGCCAUGACAAGAAGGUUUAAGAAAAACAGUGUAUUUCUGUCUUAUUUUGCCACAUGACAACAGAAAAUGUCACUAUAUUUUAAUACACAGAUAUAUGCAGAAUGAUCAUUCACUUGGAAAGUCAUUUUAAGGAAGUAUAAUUAUUUUUCAUUGCCAUAAUUGUUCUUGAAUUUUACAGAAAUGCUUUGUAUAUUUCAUGGCAACCGUUUCGUCACCUUAAAGCAACAGAGCUGUAGAUGGCACUCUCCAUUACUGUGGCAAGAUUUACUUCUUGGGGAAAGAUAUUCUGAAAAUACCCAAACAAAAUACCAGUAAGAAUAAUAUAGUAUGUCCUAUACUGUCCAAACACAUGCAUUUAUCAUGUAGCAGAAAUAGUGAACAUAAAUGGUGAACUAAAAAUGGGCGAAUUAACACAGAACUUAGUUGACCUUGUUUUAAAGGAGAGAAAACAGUCUGUUUAUGUCCCAGAAAACAGCUGCCUUCUUUUUCCAAGUGAUAAACCAGUCUGGAAGAACUGGGUAAGACACAUUAUUAACACAAGUUUCAUUUUUUUUUGUAAAGACGUGGCUGGAGUCAGUUUGACAGCACAGUUAUUUUCAUACCCCACGUCUAAUCUGGUCUUGGCUGCUUUAUCCUCACACAUAAGUACCCAAGUGGCCUGCACAGAACAUUGUCCCCUAUGCAGGUGACCUCUUUCCUUUUGGAAUUACAAUGCUAUUCUCCCUGUCUUCAUUAACUUUGCUCACCAACUCUCUUCUUACAGAUGAUCAUACAGGAAAUAAUACAGAAAAUUAAGAUAAAUGAUGAAAAAAAUUGCACAGACAUUUAUAAUUACAAGAUUUCAGAUAUGAAAUUUCUCAUCUCUUCCCUCUCCUGUUUUUACAAGAAUGGAAGCAGUGAGCAGUUAUGUGCACAUGUAACAUGAGAAUAAUAAUUAAGAAAGGAAAAUAACUAUGUACUAAAGACAGAUCUGAAAGAGGAAAACAGGGUUUUUCCCUCUCAUGGUUUACUAAAAUGUAGAAGAAUAUCCCGAGAAGGAUUAUUUUUAAAAUGCUAUUUUCUACUAAAGCCUUGACAUUGCUUCUUUAAUGCAGAGUUCACUCAACUUUCAGAGGUUUUUGGAACUCCCAGCACUCAGAUGUAGACUUCAGUCCUGAAGUAUCAGGUACUUUAUUGUACUUAAUAAAACCCUACUUACUGCUGUGAGUGAGCUGAAUGCAUACUGCUUUAAGGAACCAGAGUGUAAAUCAUCUCAUACCAGCAAAAAUGUCUGGGAAAAAUGUAGGAAGAAAUAUCCCACAUACACACACUGCCAGGAUCUUCUGUUCCUUCCAAAAGCAGAGUAUGAUAUGGAGUUUGGGUACUCCAGACAAAGAUAAGUGAUGUGAACUUAGCAAAAAAUUCUACAGUAAUUCUCUUGUUCCACUUAAAAGGUAGAAUUGUUUUAAGUAGGUUGGGUUGUUUGGUGGCAAGAUAUCGUAAAUCCUUAUGAUGUGCAGGAAAUGCACAGGAUGUGUGACAGGGAUAUCUAAGAGAGAAUAAUGAUACAUAUUCCGACUUUUACAUAAUGGAAAGGAUAUAGAGCAGUGGGACUUUUGGAGGAUAAAACAUACGUGCGCACACCUUAUGUGUACACACCUAAAAAGAGGGUUCAUGCAUACUUGUCGAGGUCAAGAAUAGGGAAGAAAUGGGAAGCAUGUAUUGUUUAGAAAAAUCUGAGUAGCACAUGAAUAAAAUAUACCACACAUAUAUGAAUAUGUAAUUAUGAUACAUAUGCUAUGUUUAACAUAUUUUGUUAACUAUUUUUCAUAUAUCACAUUCAAUGUAUAUAUGCUUUAUGUAUUAUAUUUUAGUUACCAUGUGUAUUUUGGUUACAUUAUGUAUUAAAGUCACUUGGAUUCUAUGUUA